GCAAGAAAAAAAAUAUAGAGAAAAAGUAUUUUCAAAUGAUUUUAUUUCAGCGUAUGUGCACAACAAAUGCAUCGCAUUUUUUUCUGCAUCCAAUUUAAUGCAAUCAAAAAUGCUGAUUGUUGUUCGGUUUUAACGUGCACACGGUCAAUUUGACAUCGACAGCAAUUGGUUUGAAAUAGAUUUUGACAUUUUGGUGCUACACAUUUUCUCAUGUAAUAAAAAACGAAAGAAAGAUGGCUGCACGAAGACAGUAGGCAAGUGAAAAAGGUAUGUUAAAUAGUGAAAUUCAAUGGAACGCGUCUGAUUGUAAUAAACAGAUAAGAUAGAAAUAUGGCAGCUGAUUUUAUGACUGGAUCAACACGAUUGCAGUGAAUAAAUUGGAAACAACUGAAAGUAUUUUAACCCGAACCAACGUAUUUUGCAGGGAUACGUGAGAAACAAGAGAGUGGAAGUACACCCCUACAUAACAAAAGCCUUCCUUUUAUUUGCACAUAAUCUCUCUCGCUUCAUCUACAUACUGUACGGCACCUCCGGCCUGUGUGCCCUUGUAUAUGUGUCGCGUGUAUUUCGUUGUUUUUGUUUAAUUCCUCCCCCAUCGACACGUUAUCUGGCUGGCUCAUUCGUUCAUCCAUUCAUCCAUUAAUCCAACCGAUCGACCAACUGCCUGGACAACGUGUGUUGGAUUGCGAUCAAAUUGGCUGGCCGAAUUAUUUACAAAUCGCGCUGGAAACACUGCCCGGUUUUCAGACAUCCGAUACGACUGACACAAGUCCAACAUUCAUUUUUGAGAGAGAGAGAAAAAAACCCGCUAAAAUUGAACAUUUUAUGAACUUGAAGUUUGAGUCGCAUAUGUCUAGAGCCCUAAGUCGUGCAAUUACAAUGACUGUCAGCGCUGAAAAGCCGUUCCAAUGUGCUGUAUGUGAAAAACAAUUCCGUCAGCUAAGUACGCUCACAAACCACUACAAAAUCCACACCGGAGAAAAGCCAUUCAAAUGUCAUAUAUGCGAUAAGCGAUUCAGGCAAUCGAGCACGUUGACGAACCAUGCGAAAAUUCAUACAGGCGAGAAACCGUUCAGCUGCAAUUACUGCGCAAAACUAUUCCGACAACUAAGCACACUAAUCAACCACACGAAGAUACACACGGGAGAAAAGCCUUUCGAAUGCGCCGUGUGCAAAAAACAAUUUAGACAGUCUAGUACUCUAAACAAUCAUAUUAAAAUCCAUGUAUCGGAUAAACCGUUCUUGCAAGAGCUGCAGGAAGCCCACAAUAAUCGAUUUAAGCAGGAGCCACAACAAGACGCAACGAUGUGAUCAUUGAUUGUAAUCAAAUCUAAAUAAAUAAGAAUUAACAUGAAAAAAAGAAGAACGAACAAAGAAAAGAAAGAAAUGAUUAAACUGCAGAGAACACACAUACACACACAAAAUCAAAUAGAAACUUUGUCAUCAAUUACUACCACCAAUCAUCAAUCGCAGAGAGAGAGAGAGAGAGAGAAUAGAAGAUAAAAAAAAUCAAACCAACCAACCAACCAUUUUAUUCAACUACACAGUUAAUUACACAGAUCAAAUGCAGAUGCAACAAAAUAUGUCAACAUAUUUUCUGAGAAACCAAGUUAUAUGAAGUGAAUUGCUUACGGGAUAAGUUAAAAAUAUUACGUAGAACAGCAAACGAUGCUAAAGAAUUUAAGCAACAUAGAAAACAAUGAGCCAUUUUCAAUAGAACAUUACAAUUUAUAUGUAGCAUUUGAAAGGAAGCCAAUAACAAUACCGUCGAAUUUUAUUCGAUCGAAAAGUUAAACCUAAAACCACUAAAGCCAUGAUUUCAAUGGAGAAGGGUGCUCACACACACACCGAAACAAAAAACCCUGCUUUAAUUCGAACACAUCGCAACAAAACUUUUAUUCAGAAUUUAGUCACUAAAUCAAAUCUCGAACGUAAUAAUUUGUAAAGGUCAUUGGUUUAACAAGCAACAAAAAAAAACAUUGCCUAGAGAGUCAGCCGAAUUAAGGAUGCGAGUAGACAAACAGCCAAAUUCCCAUCGAAUUAAAAAAAAACUAGAACAACAACCAUAACAUGUGAACGGCAACAUGGCCAAAAAAAAACUACAGAUAUCAAAAUAAAAAUUUACAAAAUUGAAACAAAACAAAAA